UGUCACAGCCUAGUUCCUGCUUGCUGCUCUGGAAACCCAGUAAGAGUAACUCUCUCAGGGCUCACGGUAUACUUUCAAGUUGGAGUUGAACCCUGCCUCAAGUGACACCAGAAAUCCACACAAUAGUGGGAGAAGAUUCUGGCUCUGUCUGUAAUCUGCUUUCUCCUGGAGCCUGGAGGUGUGACCACAGUCUCCAUCAGCAGCUGCCUCUGGACCAAUCUGCCGGUCAUUCUUCCAGGGAGUCAUGGACAUUGAAGCAUAUUUUGAAAGAAUUGGUUAUAAGAACUCUAGGAACAAACUGGACUUGGAAACACUAACUGACAUUCUUCAGCACCAAAUCCGAAGUGUUCCCUUUGAGAACCUUAACAUCCAUUGUGGGCAAGCCAUGGAGUUGGGCUUAGAAGCUAUUUUUGAUCAAGUCGUGAGGAGGAACCGGGGCGGUUGGUGUCUCCAGGUCAAUCAUCUUCUGUACUGGGCUCUGACCACCAUGGGCUUUGAGACCACCAUGUUGGGAGGCUAUGUUUACAGUGUUCCAAACAACAAAUACAGCGAGGGCAUGAUUCACCUUUUACUAAUGGUGAACACCAAUGGCAGGACCUUUAUCGUCGACGCUGGUUUUGGACGCUCCUACCAAAUGUGGCAGCCCCUGGAGUUAAUUUCUGGGAAGGACCAGCCUCAAGUGCCGUGCACCUUCCAACUGAGCGAAGAAGGAGGAAUCUGGUACCUGAACCAAACCAGAAGAGAGCAAUACAUUCCUCACCAGGAAUUUCUUAAUUCUGAUCUUCUGGAAAAGAAUCCAUACCGAAAAAUCUACUCCUUUACUCUCGAACCUCGAACAAUUGAAGAUUUUGAAGCUAUUAAUACAUAUCUGCAGGUGUCUCCAGCUUCUGUGUUUACAAGCAAAUCUUUUUGUUCCUUGCAGACCUCAGAAGGUGUUCACUGUUUAGUGGGCUUCACCCUCACCUACAGGCAAUUCAGGUACAAGGACAAUGUAGAUCUGGUAAAGUUUAAGAUGCUGAAAGAAGAAGAAAUAGAAGAAGUUCUGAAAAGUAUAUUUAAUAUUUCUUUGGAGAAAAAGCUGGUACCCAAACAUGGUGAUCGAUAUUUUACUAUUUAGUGUAAGGAGUAAAAAUUUGUUCAGUAUUACUUCAGAUUUUUAAACAUGUUAUUAUAAAUAAUUUCUAAUGUACAGAAUUAUAGGGAAUGGAAUUAUAAACUUUUGUGUAUUUAUUACCCAGCCCACCACCUAUCAACUGAUUACCUAUUAUAGUCCCUAUACACCCACAUUAUUUUGAAGAAAUCCCUAUACAUUAAAUCAUUCUGACAAUAAAAAUGAGAACACGUAUAAUUAAAUAACUUCUUAAAGAAACCACCACACACAUUUGCACAAUUAAAGUUUAAGUAUGGUCUGUGGUUAUCUUGGGAACCAGAGUGAUUUAUGGUAGAAAAUCUUUGAAACUGGUUUAUUGUUGAAUUCAUAACAUACUUUUAACUGGUACUUGAAUAAGUCAAAUAUUAAGGAAAUUGUUUCCAUUAAAUGCAAUGAGCAUUUGCAGUGUCCAACUUUUAUAAAAUACAACAUGCAUAACUUACGAUUUUAAUUCAAUAAAGCAGAAUGAUGCAUGUUAUUGGUUCCAAAUAAACUAACAGUUCUCCAGACACGACUUAAGCUAAUACACAAUGGCAUCUGAUGAGGUGUCAAGAGGGACACAGCGGAUAAUUUCUUCUAGGGUUCUUUUUCGG